ACUGUAACUAACUGAAGUCCCGUCGCUGAGGGGAGUCGGAGGCUCGCUGUGUAACCGCAGACUGGGUGGGACGACGUCGAUACUAUCAUUGCGAGCCCCGUUCCGGACCCUCUUCGCCCUCGCUCCUUUCCCCAGGUACCUAGACCUCGCUCCUUUUGCGACAAUUGAUAUUUUCAACAUGAUGUCUUCUGUGAGGACAGGCGCCUCGAUGGCUCUUAGAGCCCGGCCGACUGCCCAAAUCGUUCCCUUCCGUGCGGCCGCUGUCGCUUCCAUCUCCUCGUCCUCCCGCAAGGACGCCACGGGUGCCGUCGCCCCGGCGGGCGCACAGCACGGCAUCGCCAGGCGCGAGCGCAGAGAGGUUCCUCUUCCCAGCCAGGAGGGCACCAAGGGCGCCGUUCAAUAUGCUCUCACAACCCUCGACAGCAUCGUCAACUGGGCCCGCCAAUCCUCUCUCUGGCCCAUGACCUUCGGCCUCGCCUGCUGUGCCGUCGAGAUGAUGCACCUCUCAACCCCGCGGUACGAUCAAGAUCGUUUGGGCAUCAUCUUCCGUGCCUCGCCCCGCCAGUCGGACGUCAUGAUUGUGGCGGGCACCCUGACCAACAAGAUGGCGCCCGCCCUGCGCCAGGUGUACGACCAGAUGCCCGAUCCGCGUUGGGUCAUCAGCAUGGGCUCGUGCGCCAACGGCGGCGGCUACUACCACUACUCGUACAGCGUCGUGCGCGGCUGCGACCGGAUUGUCCCUGUUGACAUCUACGUCCCGGGGUGCCCGCCUACUAGUGAAGCGCUCAUGUAUGGCAUUUUCCAGUUGCAGAGGAAGAUGCGGAAUACGAAGAUUACGAGGAUGUGGUAUCGCAAGUAGAGAGCGUUACUACUGCUUGGCACUUGCUUGUCGUGGUCAUGGGAGGGGGGUUAGACUUUGGGGUGAGUGGUAGCGCCAAGAAAGGAUCGAUGAAAGAAGAAGAUUGAGUGGUGGUAAAAACCGGAAAGACAGCACGGUUAGAUUUCAUGGACGAACGGAAGAGCUCGAGAACAACGGCUCACAAGAAGGAACUUCAGUGGAAAUUAGACAAGAUGUAUUAUGCUCAGAGUUUGCGUCUUGCUUUUUCUCCCUUAUCCGUUCAAAGCUCAUCAUGAGCUGGAAAAGUGUCGGCCAGUUGUACUUUGUUUUGCUUCAAGACGUGUGACUGUGUACUUUUGCUGUAUAUGCUCGAGUCAGUUGGCAAGUGAGACGAGGGCCAGAAAACGACCCAUUGUUCGACUGUAAAGUCCUCAUAAGAGACUCAAGUAGCCAAUCCUUGCUAUGAAAACAAGGAGAGAUUUUCGAAACACAUAUGUCCUUGG